AUGGCAGCAACAGCCGCUCAAGUUCGACUUCCUCCGGGAAGCAUACCCCUUGUUACAGUUCCAACACCCUCUGCCGACCCAAAUGAUCCCCUAAACUGGAGCAUGGCCCGAAAGGUCAUCAACACGACCUUUGUCCUAGCUGUCACUGUGGCAGUUUUUGCUGCGCUGGUUACACCCUUCCUGAUAACGAUGCAGACCAUCUUCUGGCAGCAAAUGACGGUAGACAUGAAUGUGUCGUUCGACCAGCUCAACUGGGGCGUGGCAUUCAACUCUGCUGGCCUCGCCGUCGGGUGCCUCCUCUUCAUACCGUUAUCCAAGAAAUACGGCCGUCGCCUUACCUACGUCGUCUCUACUGGUAUCAUGGCGGCUUGCGCGUGGUGGAGUUCGCAGAUGUCGAGUCCGGUGGAGUUGUACUUGACCAACUUUAUCUUUGGUCUGGCUGGAUCGACGAAUGAGGCCAUCUCGGAGAUGACUAUUGCAGAUCUAUUCUUUAUCAACCAGCGUGGCACAGUCAAUGGCUUCUACGUCAUCGCCGUCAUGUUGGGCAACUUUAUCGCGCCUACGAUUGCGGGCGUACAAGCUUCUUCUCAAGGUUGGCGGUGGUCCUACAAGACCUGCGCCAUUGUCCUCACAGUCCUGUUUGUCCUCUUUACCUUUUUCUAUGAAGAAACCAAGUAUAUCCCUAUAUCCAUUGGGAGCACUGAGAACGUCAGUGUCAACCAAGACAGCCUGGAGAGGCUCGACAAGAACUUGCAACCGGAUGCCAAGACUGCUCAGCCUGCAGCCGACUUGGAAUACAACUCCUCCCUAGCGACAGUUCCUCUUCCCAACUCGUAUAGACAGCGCAUGCGCUUCUUGACAAGGACCGAGGAACCGCUCUGGCGCAACUACACGACACCCUUCAAGAUUGGCAUGUUCCCCCACGUCCUUUACACGGGGAUUCAGUGCGCAAACUGCAUUCUGUUUCUCGUCCUGCUCUCAACCAUUAACUCGAUUGCCUUUUCGAGACCGCCGUACAGCUUCAACACGGCUGGAGUCGGUCUAAUGCUGCUGGGGCCCUUUGUCGGUAACCUCAUUGGAAGCAUCUACGGCGGUUUGCUUGGUGAUUGGCUCAUUGUGCGGCUUGCUAGGCGGAAUGGCGGCAUCUUUGAGCCUGAGAUGAGACUGUACAUUCUUGGAUUACCGGCGCUUUCGAUGGGGGCUGGGCUUGUUGUCUAUGGAGUUACCGUUGACCGUGGUCUUCACUGGAUUUACCCCAGCAUCGGCGGCGCCCUCUUCGCCUUUGGGGUGGGAUCUAUAAUGGAUGUCAGCUGCACCAUUGUCAUUGACGCCUACCAAAGUGUCACGGCAGAGGCUUUCGUCUUCAUCACAUUUGUCCGCAACAUAGCCUGCGUCGGCCUUCCGUUUGGGGUCGUCCCGUGGAUGAACACCAUGAGCCUCACAAAGAUCUUUGUCAUAAGUGGAUGCAUCAACACGGCCCUCGCUCUGCUGUUCAUCCCGCUCAUGGUUUGGGGGAGGCGUAUUCGGGUUGCCAUGGCGCCCAAGUACGAAGCUUUGCUGGCUCAGGUUGGCGGCGUGAACCGUGCCUGAAAAAUGCCGUGGGAAGUCAAGACUUAUUCUCCGAGUGAAUUCUCCUGUCACUAUCAUAGAUUGUAUCGAAUUACUGGUAGUCACACGUUCUGGUGGGCUAAGGAAUCAACCAAUGCCCAGAGCUUCACUGCAUUGUUAAAUCAACACAUUAUUGGCCUCUCCG